CAAUCUUAACUACAGCGGGGGAAACCACACAUAGUCGCUUAAAGGAAAAGACAGCAUUUGAAAACAAAUGAGAACGAAUCACGUUGCUUUUCACAGAAACUGCUGAGAUGAUCCGGCUGUGAAAGGAAUGCAUCGACUGUUUAACGCUGUUUUGGAGUAACUAACUGUUUACGUUGCCUACACUACGAGCUUUGGGGCUAACAGGCUAGCGCAGUUGUCGCUAAAAUAUGGUGGGCAGACGUUGAGCAAGGGAAAAAACUUUAGGCGGGCUCAAAUAUUCGCUAAUCUGCUCUCUUCGCUUGUUUACUUUUUUUUCUUCUUUUUUUACGCUGAGGGAUUUUGUUUCUAACUGACAAAAACUCGCGUACGACUUGUUUUGAAAGUUUCUUUUUUUUUACGUUUCGCUCAAGUUAAUCAUCUAUCACGCGCUUUCAUCGAACAUCGGCGCUCCGUGGUGAAAGAUGAUUGAUCGGCCGAUCGAUCUCGUGCGCUCCUGACCGAUAAUGCACAAGAAACGAGGAGUUUAUCAAAAGCACAACCGCUGCGGCAAAGCUACGCGAUUCAGAGCAUCACACCCUCGUCCAUUUAUUUAAACGCCAUUCACUCGGGAAAACAGUGCUCAAUGUAGGCUGUGUUGGAAUAUUGGGACACAUUGGACUAUCAUGGAUCAUAUGGAAUACAUCUCUUCCCGUGGUUAAUGAAUGGCACUUCCAUUAUGUGUUGGGUUUAAAUUUGGACCACUCCACGUAAAGCAACGCAUGGUUUGCCUUCAAAUCAAUUUAGAAGACUUGCAGAGAAAAUUACAUGGAGACUAGUUGGUCAUGCCAAGGAAUGAGUUACCAUUGCCAGAGGGUUGGGAAGAGGCCCGAGAUUUUGACGGGAAAGUCUAUUAUAUAGACCAUAUUAAUCAAACCACCAGCUGGAUUGACCCAAGGGAUCGGCAGACUAAGCCUCUGACCUUUGCCGACUGUAUUGGAGAUGAGCUGCCUGUGGGUUGGGAGGAGGCCUAUGACCCCCACAUUGGAGCCUAUUAUGUUGACCACAACACUAAGAGCACGCAGCUGGAGGACCCACGAGCGCAGUGGCAGCGUGAGCAGGAGCUCAUGUUGCGGGAUUAUCUGUGUGUGGUUCAGGAAGCAUUGAGCGCUCAGAAGGAGAUCUACCAGGUCAAAGAGCAGAGACUUCACCUGGCCCAGCAGGAGUAUCGGCAGCUAAAUGAUGCUUGGCGGGACAAGUCUUCCUCACAGACCAGCUUAAAUUCCAGAUCCUCAUCCAGCAGUAAAUAUGACCCUGAAAUCCUCAAAGCGGAGAUUGUUACAGCAAAAAGCCGGGUAAAUAAGCUGAAGAGAGAUUUGGCGUGGAUGAGGCAAGAACUGCAGUAUAAAGAGCAAGGCUUUGAGACGUUGAAAGAAAUUGAUCACAAAAUUUCUAGUGCCUCGCAUGGCUUCAAACUCCAAGAAGCCCAGGCCAUCCUGAAGGAGGUGAAGACCAUUAAAGAUGCCAUCAGCUCUGGGGAGAAAGAGAAACAGGAACUUAUGCGGAAACUGGCCAUGUUGAAAGAUGGUUUCCAGUUAGACUAUGGCUCUCAGUCUGACCUGUGGGCUAGCAGUCUGUCCCUGGCCAACUCGAACCUCUCUUUGCCCCGCAUUUACUCGGAAGCAGAGUCUCAAACAGACAUACCUGCUGAGUUUGUAUCAAGCUCAAAUAAACUGGCUGAGAAGGUGCGACUGAGCCUGAAAUAUGAGGAGGCAAAAAGGAGGAUUGCAAACAUCGAGGUCCAGAUUGCCAAGCUGGACAGUGAGGCAUGGCCGGGCCUGCUGGACCCAGAGAGAGAUCGUUUGAUCCUCAUCAACGAGAAGGAAGAGCUGCUAAAAGAACUGCAAUAUGUAACGCCACGUAAGCGAGUGCCCAGUGAUGCAGAGAAGAUCGAAUCUGAGAAGAAACGACUUGAGAAGGACCUGCAGGCUGCACGAGACAACCAGAGCAAAGCACUGACAGAGAGAUUGAGGCUGCACUAUAAGAGAAGCAAACUAGUGAAGGAACUGGAAGAGACUGUGAGGUUGGCUUCUUCCUUGCACACACAGCUGAAAAGUCUGUCAGCCAGCACUCUGUCAUGUUCUUCGGGCAGCAGUCGUGGCUCGUUAACUUCCAGUCGAGGAUCCCUUGCCACCUCCAGCUUGGGCUCCACCUCGUCUCUCAGCUUCACCGACAUCUACCUGGAGCAGCCUGAGCUGGGAGACCCUGACUUCCAGAACAAACUGGACUCUAUUCUGCAGGAGGGUAGCACCUCUGGCUACAGGCCACCCAGCUCUAUUACCACCAUCCAUGAGAAUGAGGUGUCUUCGUCCUCCAGGCCCGUCAGCAGUGGACUAGCGGUGGGCCAGCGAACUCAAGUACUACGACUCUCAGAGACACCUCACUCCAUGAACUCCCUGUCCCCACGUUCUUCACUAUCUUCCUUGUCUCCUCCCUGCUCGCCCCUCGUCACUGAUGCCUCUUUUAUGUCCGGAGAGGUCUUCAUGGGUCAGGCUUCACAGAUGGACUUGGAUCUGCAGACCAGGUUGAUGGAACUACGGCUGGAUGAAGACCAGGAACAGGGGCCACUGGCUUACCGUGAAAACAAACAAGACAGCAUUAUGGCCACAGUAGAGUCUUCAAAAGAUGCUGUUACGCAAAUGAGGGUGUCAGGACCCGGAUCGAGGAAGGCGGGUGUAACAUCGGCAGUCUCUGAUGAAUCAGUAGCGGGAGACAGUGGGGUGUAUGAGCCUUCAGAGAAAAGGCCUGGGCUUCCUGCCGAGCAGCUGCUGGGUUAUGACGAUGGGAGCGUCGCGAGCAGCGCUCAGAUCAAACUCGGUCUGAAGUAUGAAGUGAAAGAGAAGAGGUUCACAGUGUUCAUCAUGCAGCUGUCCAACAGUAGUGCACUCCUCCUGCCAGCCAACCAGAACAUAUAUGUUCGUGUCGUGGUGCUGCCGUGUUCUGAGCAAGUUCGCUGCCUGUUCCGCACCCGUGGCUCUCUACCGCAGGACUCCUUAGAACUGAAGGAAGCGUUUGGCCUGCAGAUGUCCUCCACUGCUCUCAGACACAAAACCCUCCGCAUUGACAUCUGCACUACCAGCAAAUCUGGCAGAGAGGAGUGUCUAGCGGGUGCUCAGAUCAGUUUGGCUGAUGAAGAGUAUUCAGAGGAGUUCUGCACAAAGUGCUACAACCUGCUCAAUUACAUGUACCUGCCAGAUGUGGAUGGUAAAGAACACAAUGAGCCUGACGCCUCCACUCAGCAAGAGCUGACUCCAGCUCCCAGCACUUCAGAGAGCGCAGCUGCACACCUGCAUAAUGCACCUCUGGAGGACUGGCCUGCAGAGGCUCUGGAGGGUGAUGUGUUCGUGGAUGGAGAGGCUAGUGAUUGUGAGGAGGAUGAAGAGUUCUACCAUGAAGACUGUCAGUGGAAACAAGAGGAAGAGACGUUGACGCCUGCACCCAAUGCAGUCAUAACGGAGAAGGUGAAUAAGGAGACCAGUAUGGACGGUCUGCCCCAUUCUGCCUCUGUAGUUCGUCCCAAGGAGCGACGACAGGACGUCCAUCAGCAAAAUCCUUUUAUGCGAGGAAACACCAUCAUCCGGUCCAAGACAUUUUCCCCUGGACCACAGAGCCAGUAUAUCUGCAGAAUUAAUCGCAGUGACAGUGAUAGCUCCACACUUUCGAAGAAAUCUCCCUUUGUCCGGAACGCCUCUGAGCGACGCAGUGUUCGAAUUAAGAAGCCACCGAUUCAGGUGAAAGGUCUGGACGGACUCCUGUGUACCUCUCUAGACCUUGAGCUGGACUUGCAAGUGACUCGCACACGGCACAGCCGUCUGAACGAGGAUCUGCGUGUGCUGCGGGAGCUGAAAGAGCAGUUGGAGAAGGCCCGGCAGCAGGGGCAAUACGUCCUGCCCACAUGGGUACAGGAGGACGAACGCUUCCGUCUGCUGCUCAAACAUGCAGAGAGACAGACCCAGGAAGAGCAGCUACAGGAACAGAGGGUAGAGAAAAUGAUGCGUGCAGCAGCUAAGGAUGUGCACAAGAUCCGUGGACAGAGCCUCAAAGAAGUUCCUGGGGUCCAGUCCUUCAGAGAGAAGAUGGCCUUCUUCACCCGAGGAAAGAUAAAUGUUCCUGACCUACCAGCUGACGACGUGUAGAAAAGAAGUAUUUCCGUCUUUACUGCUGGUUCCAUGGAGACGAAACUAACAUCUGGCAGUAUCAUGAACAAUUGUGUGAAAGAAAAUGGAUGUUGGCGCAGGAAAAAUGUCAUUUUAGAACACUGAGUUUUAACUCUCAAAAAUGAAAUUGUAUUGAUCCAUGUCUUUUUUUUUCUUCUUUUUUUUAAGCUAGACUUCUUUUUUUCUUUUCUUUCCUUUUCUUUUUUUUACUGUCAUUGUGUUCUGUUACUAAAACAAGUAUGUUGGUAUCUGUAUUAGGUAUUUCAGUGGUCAUUCAAAAACACCAGCACGAUCUCUGAAACGAGUUUUAAACAUGCUGCUCUGCUGAUUCGGGCAGGACUGCUUACUGUAUCUCUUGAAGAUGUGAAAACAGAUACUUACGGUACUACUUCCAUUCAUAGCACAAGGGUUCAGGAAUCAGUAUCUAGCUUUCUGUUGCAAUGACAGAAUGGAUGGGCAUAAAUCCUGCGAUCUUAGUCAUGUCCCACUACAAACAACCUGGUUCUGUCCACAUUUUUGUUCAAUGAUAUGUGCGUUGGACAAGUGUUUUUUUUACAAAUAGUUGAGGCAUGAAAUGAAAACAUGUUAAACAGUUAACUAGACCAUUAUGUAGUAGAUUAAUUGGAUUGCCUACAGCUCUUCGUGUUAAUUGCACAUGCAAACAGGAAACACGUUAGUGCAAAUGUUUGUAAUAUGAUGUAGAAUCUGCACUUAGUCCAACAGACUCUCAGGUAGAAUAUCCGAUAGUUCAUGCACUUUAAUAGAAAUCAGAUAGCGAGGAAAAGGCAUUGAUAUAGACUAGAGAAUGAAACAAAAAGCACACUUUGAAUGCAAAGAUCAUAUCCCAUCGAAGUGAAACCCCAUUUCUGAGCUCUUUUUACAUCAUUGGAUAUAUCUACCUUCUUUUUAUGUUUUCUCAACUUCCCAUUGUAGCACAUGCAAUGGCAUAUUGCAUUAGUUUUUCAUUCCUUUUGGUUUAGACCUGACAUACCCAAACUCCAGACAACAAACACGGUUUUGUAAUUGUUAGUUUAUUUGACUUGUUAUCCAUCAAUUAACUUUGAAAGCUUCUGAACUGAAUGUAGAGAAAAUGAGAGAAGCAUUUUUUGUGUUUUGGUGAAACUCACAAAGAAAUGUCUGUCAUUUUUAACCCCAAAAUCAAAAGUAAAAAUAAAUUGUGUUUUGUAUGAAAAAAACUACGAUUUUUUUUUUAUGUACUGCAACAUUUUUUUUCCUGACAAUUAAGCUCACC